UGGUGAACAAAUCAUAGUUAAUCUCAGACUGGAAGAAGUGGCUGCACGUUUAUUUGCCAACAAUUAUCAAUCCUCUAGCAGCAGAAGACCUUGUUGCAUCAAAUUAUCAAAAAUUACCAGGUUCUAAAUCCAAUACCACAAAGAUGAAAGGAGCAAACAGGAUUGGAAGCGAUCUGUCAGAGCAGAUAAAAGAGGUGACCAAAGAUAACCAUGUGCGUGCUGAGAACACCCAGCUAAUGCUCAACUACCAAAAAGGACAGAUCACUCUGCCGCAGUAUAAGAUUCUUCUGUGCUCCCUGUAUGAGAUCUACCGAGCACUAGAGUCGGAGCUAGACAGGAACUCAAGUCACCCAGCUGUGGAGCCCAUCUACUUCCCUCAGGAGUUGGCCAGAUUGGAACCCCUUGAAAGGGAUCUUGAGUAUUUCUUUGGGCCACAGUGGAGAAAACAAGUUAUAGUACCUGCAGCAACACACAAAUACGCAGAGAGGCUCAGAGAGAUUGGCAAAAGCAAUCCAAAUCUCCUCGUCGCUCAUGCUUACACCCGAUAUCUGGGAGACUUGUCAGGAGGCCAGGUCCUGGGAAAAAUUACGCAGAAAACUUUGGGACUAAAUAGCAACGAGGGUGUGGCAUUCUUCUCAUUUCCUGGAGUGACAAGUCCUCAUCGCUUUAAGCAGCUUUACAGGAGCAGAAUGAACAGCAUUGAGUUGAGUGAGGAGGAGCACAGGAAGGUUCUGGAUGAAGCUGUCAGGGCCUUCGAGUUUAACAUUGAGGUUUUUGAUGACCUUCAAAAAAUGUUAAGCAUCACAGAGGCUUCGGGUGGCAGUGGAAAUCAAAAUGGACAAACCACACCAUUAACAGCCAUUUCAGGCUCUCCAGUCAUUCAGUUUACAUUAGGACUUGGUGUUGUACUGGCAACUGUUGCGAUGGGAGUCUAUGCUGCUUUUUGAAUAUUUAUACAGAAUAUAAGAAACAGUUUUACUUUGCAUUUGGAAUAAGUCAUUGAUUACAAACUAAAACUGCUUUAAAUAGCAUAUUUCUGACCAAUUGUUAAAUUAAAAAAGUAAAAUCAUUCAAUGAUCCAUUUAAA